CAGCAUCCCACCUCGACCCCCACCAGGAUUCAUUCUCUUUACCUCACCUCACACCCGAUUCGCGGCUAGAGAAGCCAAACCUCCCUCACCCCAUCCUACCCCCACCCCAAUUUGAGCAAGAGCAAGCAAGGAAGUAAACAAAUGAACUGUCUCCGCACAGUCGCCGUGCGAGCCCUCCGCCCUCACACAAUUGCCCCGCUGACCGUGGUCCGCUGCUACAACGGAGGGUCCACAUCACACUUCGAUGACAGCAGCGAGUACAAGUCGCCCUUCGCCAGUCCCGAGUCCCGCGCCACCACCAAUAUCCCGGACUUCAGCAAGUACCGUGGUGGGAGCACCUCUGGGAAUAAAGUCUUUGGCUACUUCAUGGUCGGCACGAUGGGGCUUUUGUCUGCCGCUGGCGCGAAGGCUACUAUUCAAGAUUUUCUGGUAAACUUGUCCGCGUGGACCUUUCCGCUAUCCCAGAGGGCAAGAAUGUCAUCAUCAAGUGGCGCGGCAAACCCGUCUUUAUCCGCCACCGCACCCCCGACGAAAUCGAAGAGGCCAACGCCGUCAAGGUGGCGUCCCUGCGCGAUCCCCAAACCGACGCUGAGCGCGUCAAGCAGCCCGAGUGGCUAA